AUGUCUGCUUUGACAGCAAAUUCAACACCCAUCCCUACCAAUGCUAACAUUACAAAUGCCUUAACUUCUCAGGCCUCUCCACAAACACCUCAUAUCUCUCACCAAAGAAAAGAAGUUGCAGUCGUUUUUGUUAUUGAUGGUACAGAUCGUAUGAAACCUCAUUUUCAAUUGAUUCAUGAAGCUUACAUUGAACCCAUCAUAAAACAAUUACGUUCACCCAUAAUUACCGAAGACGAUGGUGGUCAAACAAAAUUAAAAAUAACACCCGUCUUAAAGUAUGGUCUAGUUAUUUUCGGUGAUUAUGAGCCUUUAUCAAUCAAUACUGUAGAUCGAAAAUAUUUCACUUCUGAUUCAAUCAUGUUUCAAGAUAUUUUAAAGAGUAUUUCUUGUGAAAAUGGUGGCGUUAUAAGGAAUGCUGUAGAAGAAGGUCUAGUAGCUGCUUUAGAAUUAUUUGAUGAAUAUCGAGAGGAUUUGGAUACGAAAGACCUUGUUCAACAUUGUAUUUUAAUAUCUAAUAGCUUACCUCAUCAAAUCGGUGCAAGAUGUAAUUUAAUGGAUAAAUAUAAUGGUAUGAGGUUAGAUGACAUUGCUAAAGUCAUGAUUCAGUCAAAUAUAAAUUUUUCAUUCAUAUCGCCUGUAAAAGAUUGUAAACUGCUGGAAAAUAUCGUAAAUCAAGUAAAUGAUCAACAAAAGAUGGAAUUAAAUACAAUACAUGAAACUGUCUUACCUUCACAUCUUGUCAAAUUAGCUGGUAUUAAAUUACCUAUUGUGAAUGAUACCUCCGUUAAAACUGCACAACAGGUCUCUGGAAAACCACUUUCACCACAAUCAGUUACAAGCGAUUCAGGUAAAAAACGAAAAAGGGAGAACAUUCCCGGGCAAAUCAGUUUGCCUAAACCUGCCUUUGAUACUAAAAACUUUGCAGAGGCCAAUAAUCGAGCGAAUACACAAAUGACUCAAAAAAGACAAUCUAUUACGGCAAUUAAACGAGAAAAUGAAUCAGUUGAAGGCAAACAGCAUGCUUCACCAGUUAUUACAGAACAACCUAAUAUUACUAAUACACCCCCAAGAUCAUCACCUAUGAUUCAAAAUGCUCAACAACAACAGCAAUUCCAGCAAACACCGCCUCAAACUCAACUUACACCUCAACAAAUACAUAUGCAACAACAGCAACAACAACAAACACAACAGCAAUUACUUCAUCAGCAACAAUUACUUCAACAGCAGCCACAACAAUAUGUAUCUCCUCAAUUACAAUUUCAACAAGCUCAACAAGGACAAGGUCAACAACAACAACAACAACAGCCUCAACCAAAUCAACAAGUACAACAGACUCCACAAGCCAAACAAGCUCGAUUGGGACAGCAGCCCCAACAUACUCCACAGCUAUCACAAACUCAACCUGCUCAGUCCAUUCAAAAAACUCCCCAAAUAUCACAAAUUCAGCCUAUUCAACAAGGACUGCAAGCGCAACAAACUCCACAGCCUCCACAGGCUCAAUUACCUCAGCAACAAGCUGUAUUAUCCCAACAAGGACAGCAAGUACAACAAGCACAACAGGCACAACUAGCCCAACAGGCACAGUUACAACAGUUACAGUUACAGCAACUACAACAGGCUCAGCAACAGCAUCUACAGCAACAGCAGCAAAUUCAGCAGGCACAACAACAACAGCAAACACAACAACAACAGCAACAACAGCAACCUCAAACACAACAACCAAUGCAACAAGCCCAACAAAGACCAACAGGGCAAAUCCCUAUUCAGCUACAACAAAUGCUGAAUGGACGUAUACAAAAUCCAAUUCAAUUACAACAGUAUCUUUUACAGCAGCGUAAUAAUUUGAUAGCCCAAGGUGCCAAUUUGACUCCUGUACAACAAAGUCAACUUCAAACAAUUCAAAAUGCACUAUUAAAACUAGGCGAUCAAUUACGUCGUACUUCAAUGGCUACGACGUCACAAGCUCCAACUAAUUCAGCAGCCCCUGCUACAGCAUCUCCAUUUACAGCAGUUAAUAACCCUAUACGCCCUGAUCUAAUGCAACAAUUAAAUGCUCAGAUACCCCCUAAUUUGACACCUCAGCAACGUAUGUUACUUGCCGCUCAAUUGGCUCAAAGAAACCAGCAGCAGCAACAGCAACAACAACAACAACAACAACAACAACAACAACAACAACAACAACAGGGUAUUAGGCCUACUAAUAUAAAUGAAUUACAAGCCCAGUUAUUACAGCAACAAGUUCAACAACAAAUGCAACAACCUCAGCAACAAGUACAACAACCUCAACAAAUUCAACAACCUCAACAACAAAAUAUAAACCAACAACCACAAAAUCAGGCAGUAGCAGCAGCUGCAGCAGCUACAGCACCACUAUCGCAACAACAAUCAAAUGUAGUACCUACUCAACCUAUUUGGACAGGCCAAAUUGUCUGGCAUAUUAAGUCACCAGAAGGUCAAUUACAAGAGUUUAGUUGUCAUUGUGGUGCAUUUGCAAUUACACUUAAAGGAAAUACGGUUAGUCUAGAAGAGUAUCGUCCUGAAAUAUGGCCACCACGAGUCCAAAUUGCUGGUCGAUCACCUUUAGCAAGAGCACAAAUUCUUCAAAGACAAGCAAUUGAAAAUAAAUUACCCUUUUGUCAGUUUAGACCUUUAAAUACCAGUACACAACAAGAUCAAACGAAUUUUAAUUUACUUUUAAGAAAUUUGGAACAAAAAAAAUAUAUUGCAACUGUUGUAUUUAACCUUGGUGGAGCAGAGCCUCAUCAUGGUGUUAUUUUGACCCAUACAGGUGGUAAAUUGAUAGGUAUUGUCUUUGCAAGAGCUCCACUUCCAGAUUUAAAUGCUGGUAUACCUCAGGUAAAUACAGCUCCACAAACUAUGCCUCCUGCUGGAUCAUCUACGCCCAUUGCUGGUACAACAAAUAUCAAUCCUGCUUUAUUAGCCAAUUUACAAAAUACAGCAAACUUAAAUGUACUUAAUAAUCCAAAUGUACAACAACAUUUGCAAAAUACACUUCGACAGCAACAAAUGAUGAAUGCAGUUGCCAUGGGAAGCCCAGCUCAACAGCCUCAACAACAGCCUCAACAACAACAGCCUCAACAACAACAACAACAGCAACAGCAGCAACAACAACAAAACAUAAAUGGCCUUAAUCCUAAUAGUUUACUAUUAUCUAAUAUUAAUCUUGGAAAUAUGAACAACAUUAAUCUUGCAAAUCUAGGCAAUUUACAGCCUAAUGCUAUUCGUGAAUUACAACAAAGAAUUUUCCUUGCUAGACAACAAGCUCAACAGCAGCAGCAGCAACAACAACAACAACAGCAACAACAACAACAACAACAACAACAACAACAGCAGCAGCAGCAGCAACAAAAUGGACAAAUUCAAUAA